AUGCCGCACAAGGGACCUCCGUUGGAUAUACCAGAGAUCAAGGGGUUGAGUAUCUGGUCUUUCCUCUUCGAAACCAGAAACGAUGGGGACAAUGCCGUGUUUCGCGAUGCGGACACGGGAAACGCAAUACCAUUCGGGGUGCUGAAACGCCACUGCGAAACGCUGUCUACCGAGUUGGCUCGUGGGUACAACAUACAGGCCGGGGACGUCAUUUGCCUGUGCUGCACAAAUUCCAUCUGGUACCCGGUGGCCGUCUUCGCGGCUCUUCGCCUCGGCGCAAUCAUUUCCCCGACCAGCCCGGAGUGUACGGCCGAGGAGGCAGCACAUAUGGUCAGGACCGUGCAUCCCAAAGUUGUCAUUGCCGACAGGAGGUCACAUCACGCCGUGGAAAGAUGCAUUAAGGGCGGGAAUGCCCCUGACGCGAGAUUGCUUGCUCUGACAGUGGACGAAGGAGCCUCGCUGGGCCUCCCCAGCAUACAAACCCUCUCCUGCCAGACGGCUUUCCAGCAGCCAGUCGCCCCUUGGCACAUCGAUCCCAGCCAAACAAGCCACGAUUACUGUGCUUUCUUGUGCUUUACAUCGGGCACAACUUCGCUCCCAAAAGCCGUGAGGUCCCUCAUCUACAUGCAUGAUGCAGCCCUAACUUGGUUGGACCAGACAAUGCUUUCGCAUCAAAAUAUCAUUGCGCAGCUGCACCAGGUCAAAGCAUACACGAGAGAUGAUCACCCAAAGGUCGUCCUCGGCGUGUUGCCGUUCCACCACAUCACCGGCAUUGUCCACCUCCUACACCUGCCGCUCCUCCUGCACCAGGACGUGGUCAUUAUGUCCCGAUUUAAUAUGGAUGAGAUGCUCAAAACAAUUGCGGCCUUCAAGUGCGAGGAGUUGUGGCUGGUGCCGCGUAAGGAUUCCCCCCAAGCAAGUAUCGCCAUUCAAUUGACAGAUUCUCGUGGCCAUACAGCGAUCCUCAUCCGUCUCGUUUCUGACCCCACGGUAAGCAAUCCCGACUUGCAAAGCGUUCAGCAAAUCAACACCGGUGCAGCACCGCUCGGCCGUGAAGUCAUCAGCAGAUUAGAAGCGCAGUACCCGAACAUCGCAAUCCGGCAGGCGUGGGGGAUGACCGAAUCCUGCAGCUGCCUCACCCUCACUCCGCCCAGCGACCAAACAUACGAGAAUGCACACACAGUUGGCAAGGCUGUUGCUGGAACGGUCCUAAAUGUGGUGAGGCCUGGGACCGAUGAGGAAGUUGGGGUCGGUGCAAGUGGCGUUCUGCUGAGCAAGAUUCUUGCCAAAGGUCCGCAGGUGAUGAUGGGGUACCUCAACGACCCAAAGACAACGUGCGAGACGAUCCGCCCGGACGGCUUCCUACGCACCGGCGACAUCGGCUAUGUGGAUGACCUUGGGUUCGUGCAUAUCGAGGAUCGCUUGAAGGAGAUAAUCAAGGUCAAGGGAGUGGGCGUAGCGCCCGCUGAGCUAGAGGAUAUCCUCAUGGGCCACAAGUCCAUCAAGGAUGCAGCCGUCGUAGGUGUUGCGGACUCCUACUCCGGCCAGGUUCCCAAGGCCUACGUGGUCCUGCGACCGCAAUUCGAGCCUUCGGUGGGGAUUGCGCGGUCAAUCCAGGAAUACGUGCGGCAGAGAUGCUCGAGGCCCAAGUGGCUGCGAAGAGGGAUUGCCUUUGUUCAAGAGAUCCCCAAGAGUGGCUCGGGCAAGAUUCUUCGGCGGAGAUUGAAGGAUAUGAGUAUUAUUCUCGACGUGGCAGGCGAUGUUGGUGGUUCCGCUCGUCUUUAA